UUUGAUUUACAUUAUAUAGAUUUUAAUGGGUGGAUUCAUCGAUUUGAUAAUUUUAGUUGGAGUUAUUUUCCUUAGAAGUGCUGCAAAAAGACAAUACAUUUAUAAUGUUGGGACUUGAAAUAGACUUGACUCUUGUGACGAAGAUGACAUGCAAAAUUACUACCUUUUUAUUAAUGUUGAUACAAUUUUUGUUUGUACCACCUUGUUAAAGAAAAAUUUCGAUCAAUUAAGUUAAUACGUAUUCAAGAAAUAAUUGAUUUGGAUAAAAAACUUAUUCAUUUAGCUCUUUUUGUAAUAAAAUUAUGUUAUUUCCAAUUAUGUUAAGAGCAUUUCCAUUUUACGAAAAAUCAAUUUUCCAUUAUAUAUUUAUCAUUUUUCAUUAUUGAAUUACAUUUUUUCUUACUUUCUUGGUCGAAUAUCAUUAUCCUAAGUGCUUCGCCUUAAAAACGAUAGUUGUCCGUAGAGGAAUACUAUUCAGUUCAUUUAUAUAAAUAGAUAACUUUUACACGUAACAUUUUCGAAAUCCAAUUCACGAUUCAAUAAUAUUUGGAUAAAUAAUGUGGUUCGAAAAAUUGAAAAAAUAUAAAAUAUGGAAAAUGUUUAACGCGACAGAUUUUAAUUCAUUGAUGUUUCCUUGUUUCUUCAUGUGUAGAAUAAUUGGAUAUUUUCCUUACAAAUGGAAACGUCCAGUAUAUUUAUUUUCAAAAACUCGUUUCGUUAUUAGUAUAUUUAUACUGUUAUUUUCCAUUUUUUUAUGGUUCAACUUGUUUUACCAACUCAAUUUUACUAAUAUAUUACAAAAAAACACAGUAGAAGUAAUUCAUGAAAACAUGUACGCUCUUUUGAUUGGAAUUGGUAUUAUAACGAUGCAUGUUUUAUCCGGUACACGAUUGCGCAUGAUUCAAAACUUAUUAAAGAUUUCUUCCAUAUUAUCUGAAAAUGAUUUCAACAAUUUAGCGAAAUGGAUUCACAAAAAGGACAUUCUUGGUUUCUUAUACAUCCUUAUUCAUGUACCACAUUGUUUCAAGAACAGCAUCUAUAUAACUGUGCGAAAUUUUGCGCAUGUGUAUAUAUUAUUGAUGAAUUUUUCAUUAGAUAUGCUUUAUAUAAACUGUGUCUGGGUAUUAAAAAUUUGUUUUAAAAAAUUGAAUAAAUGUAUUCAUGAAUUGAAAAAAUUUCAAUUCAACAAUGACCUACGAGUAGAGACAAUUGUGCAGAAUGGACAGAAAAAUUCUUUGUUGUUACUAAGAUUAAAGCAUUUAGAGGAAAAACAUUUAGAGAUCAGCGAUGUCGUUCAAUUGGUGAACAAUACAUUUAUGAUACAUAUUAUAAUUCUGGUUAUCACGACGUUUACUACAAUCACUUUCAAUCUGUAUUUCUUCCUUCUUGGCAUACAUUCGCCUCAAAACUUUAAGUUCUGGUAUACACCGUAUAUUAGUCCAGCGUUUUAUUUUUUCAUUAAAUUUGCGAUGAUAAUUUGGAUCUGCGAGUCAACAACGAAUGAAGCGAAGAAGAUUAAAUGGACCCUUUAUGAUGCUUUCAGCGAUACGACUGAUCCAUUAGUGAGACGCGAGAUACACCUUUUUUCUUUGCAAAUAAUGCACAGGAAUAAUAAAUUCACAGCAAAAACAUUCGACAUGAACAGUGUGCUGUUUGGGCAGGUUACGAAGGGAAUUCUAAUAUACAUUUUGAUUUUGUUUCAAUUUUUAUUGAACUAUCGUCUGUGUUCUUAAUCGAAAGAACAAGACAAGAUUCAAAAGAUGUUAUUCUGGGUGAUACGUGUGCUCUCUACUCUCUCGAUUCUUUGGCAAUUUUCUGAGAUAAAAAAUACUAUUAUCUGUAAU